ACACACGGUCGAAGUUUCGACACGGGCCAAUGUCAAUGCGUCUCAAGAGUCGCGUGUAAAAUCGGUGGAAACCAAAAAAAACGUCGUUGUCACUCUCGUACUCCGUCCAGUCGUUGUGCCGUACGAAGGUUCCUUACCACAAAACCGAAAUCAUUAAUAACCAAAACCAAAGCCAUCAUCAGCAUGCACGUUAUGUUGCGGUCUAGGCUUUAAGUGGCGAAAGGCGGAAAAAGUGUCGCCUGGAAAGUGCAAAAUCAUAAGUUUUGUUGUUUGUUGGUGUCAGUGUUGGAUUAGUUAGCUCCCCGCCUAACCCCCGGUGCGGGCCACUAAAAGGAUUAAAAGCAUAACCAUAACCAAGUUUCACCAGGAGCAGGGACCUACAUCAUUUCGGUGUUGACAGCCGUUAAGCUGAUACGAGUGAACAGAAGCAGCAACGUGACAAGAAGGGAAUCCCAAAAAGCAACAUACCAAAAAAACCAAAAAAAAAAAAAAGAGAAAACAGGAGAAGAAGGAUCAAGGAGUUGGACUGGCAACCAAUAAAAAAAGCUAGCGCAAAUCUCCAUUCCUGGGGGCAAAUGCGAAAAUGCUGAUGCAGCGAAUGUUAGAGGACAGGCGAGGCUACUUGCUGCAACAACCACAAGAGGAAAUCUGCAAAAGUUGAACUGGCAGCAGCAGGCAGAAAAGUUUCCAAAAAUUUUCCAGACACACACAGAGCCGACCAGACACUAGAGAGAGGGAGGGGAGCCACUUCCCCUUUGUGGCCGGAACUGUUAGUAGCAGCAGUUGGAAUUUGAUUUUAACGCUUCUCCACCAGAAAACCAAAAGAAGAAACAAGCAAACUUCAUUCCAACUCCAUUGCAAUUCUCGCCAGUAACGCUCCAAUGGCCACCUAUUGAAAUUGGCCUGUCACAGAUGGCAACCACAAAGAGGAGCUGAAAUGCUCGACCAGUUAUUAACCCAACUCCAACUAUCUGAGGAUUAGACUAGCUCAUCGUAAUGGUUUCCUCCUUGCUCUUUAGUGGUGGCCUGUGGCUGCUUCUGCUCCUGCUGGCCCUUCCAGUCAGCGGCUAUUUAAACAUUUUCAUCAGCCACCAUGAAGUGAUGAAACUGAUGGGACUCGAGGCGGAUUUGUUCUAUGUGCACGAGGGAGCCAUUAACACAUACGCCAUGCACUUCACCGUUCCCGUGCCCGCCGAUGUACACGAGCUGGAGUUCUCAUGGCAGAGUCUCAUUGCUUAUCCGUUACCCUAUGCUAUCAGCAUUGAAUAUGCCAAUGACCAGGAUGCACUUGGCACUCCCACACUGAGCAUACCUCACAAGGGACUCGUGCCGCAGGAGAUUGAGUCAUUUCUGGUCUAUUUGCCGUGCACGGGCAAUGCCAGCCUCCAGUUGCCUGUCAACGUGAAUAUGGUGGUGCGGGGUCCACCACGUUACAAUGAUACCAGACUUCACUUUAAACGGAAUAAGAUUUGCGCCAAGGGUAUAUCCCCGGAGCCGAAUCAGUCGCCAGCACCUGCCCUUCAUGCUCCUUCUCAAGGACCUGCACUGCUAAGUGCCGCUGCUUGUGCCCUUGGCUUGGUUCUGGCAGUGGGCUUAGUGGCCAGCAUGAUGUAUGUACGAGCACGUAAGCAACUACGUCAGGAUUCAUUGCACACUAGCUUCACUACAGCCGCCUAUGGUAGUCAUCAGAAUGUAUUUAUACGCCUCGAUCCUUUGGGCCGACCGCCAAGUGCUACUGGCUCCUAUGCCACCAUAGCCAGUCUCAAUAAAUAUCCAAAUAGUGAGGGCAAGAAAUCAUGCAGCAUUUUCGAUCGUUUUCGCAGCUCACCCACACCCACGCCAUAUGCCACGGCAUUGCUGCCCAUGGGGGAGCAGACCCAAAUCUCAGAGACUAUUUACUCCAAGCCCGAGUCGAUUUGUCCAUCGAGAAUAUCCUACUAUGCCUCCUCGCAGUUAACUCAGGCCUGCAGCAUGUCUACACCGAAAAGUAGUCGAGGAAAUGGUAGUCUAUUUGGUGGCAACAUUGGUGGUGGCAGCACCAUAACCAUGGCCAGUCAUGGCCCAGAGAAACUAACCAGCAAUAGCAAUGUUAACACUAGCACCACCAAGGAUCGACUGCGUCGCAUACCGAGUGUCCAGCCGGGAGCUCUUACCUAUGAGCAUUUGAUUAAGGAGGGAACCUUUGGUCGCAUCUAUGCCGGUAAACUGGGUGACACUUGCGAUGCCCUGGUCAAGACCGUAAUCGAUGGUGCCUCAUUGACUCAAGUGGCGUGUUUGCUGCAAGAUGCCUCGCUAUUGAUUGGUGUAAGCCAUCAGCAUAUAUUGGCCCCAUUGUUGGCCAAUACCGAAUUGCCGGGACCACCGGAGAUUGCCUAUCCAUAUCCGUCCAAGGGUAAUCUGAAACUUUAUUUGCAAAAGUCACGUGAAUCAAGCACAGCCCUAAAUACACGGCAAUUGGUGGAAUUUGGCCUGCAUAUUACCAAGGGAUUGGCCUAUCUGCAUUCACUGGGCAUUGUCCACAAGGAUCUGGCCACACGCAAUUGCUAUUUGGAUGAAGAUUCCUAUGUGAGGAUAUGCGAUAGUGCUCUGUCACGUGAUCUUUUUCCCGAUGACUACGAUUGCCUGGGUGACAAUGAGAAUCGUCCAUUGAAAUGGUUGUCUCUCGAGUCGCUGCAAAAAAAGAUCUAUGCCUCGCAAGGAGAUGUCUGGUCAUUGGGUGUACUCUAUUGGGAACUGGUCACCCUGGCCCAAAUGCCACACGAAGAGGUGGAUAUAUUCGAGCUUACCAAUUAUUUGGCUGCUGGCUUUCGACUCGAGCAGCCGGUCAAUUGUCCUGAUGAAUUCUUUACCGUUAUGAACUGUUGUUGGCACAGUGAGGCCAAACAGCGACCAACUCCUUCACAAUUGCUAUCCUAUCUACAGGAUUUUCAUGCCGACUUGGGCAUGUAUAUCUAAAGGAAACACAGAAGGAGACAAGGACAAGGAAAUCAACAACUGAAGGAGGAGGAACAGAAGAAGGGAAGACUGCAAAAAGGUUAAAUUUUGGGUUUAAUUGAAGUUGCAACAUUUUAUGUGAAAAUACGUAAAUAGCUAAAUAGGAAACAACACGAGGAGCAAAAGGAGCAAGAGGAGAGAAGAAGAAGAAGCAGAAGCCUAAUGUAGCUAGAAAUUACCGUAGACAGAAAGAGACAGGGAGAGGGGAAAAUUGCAAGAAGCAAUGGUAAAUCGAAAAACACACAUAAAAUAAAUGAUAAAUGUGAAAUGUGAAUUAUUGAUGUGCAUAUUUUAUUGAAUGUGUAUUAGCUGUAAGAAAUACCCCCCCACCAUCCUUCCCCCCACCCAAAUAAGCCCCUUCCCCCCUAACCACCCGCGCCCCUGAAAUGGAUGUGACAACAGGCAUUUAGAAUCUUUUGUUCUCAAUAAAUGUUGUCCACAACUCAAGAAAAUUGUUAAUCAUGCGAUAUGUAUAUUUAUGUAUUUAUUUUAAGUAUUAAGAAGAGAACGACAAAAAAAAUAAACAAAAACUAAAUAAAGAAGCAUUAUUUUAGCAGGCAGCUAAAGUUCAAAGUUUAAGCAUCAGGUGAAAAAAAAGAGAACAAAAACAAA